CAUCGGGUCUGGGAAGGAGCCACCGCGAGUCGGCGAGCGCGGUGGAGCGCAGGUUUGGUGAUGGUGACGUAUCCGGGCAAACGCAGAGACUAGAAAGAUGCGUGGGCAUCGUGACUUCGCUAACCAACGGGCUGUCGGAGAGGGAAGCUAACGAUGCCCUCAACGCUCACAUAUGUAAAGGAACCCCCCAGCAUGAGGAAAUCUGCCUGGGUCUUUUCACUCUGGUCUUAACCGAACCUGCUCAGGCGCAGAAGUGCUACCGGGACUUGGCACUGGUGAGCCGAGAUGGCAUGAACAUCGUUCUCAACAAGAUCAACCAUAUUCUCAUGGAGAAGUACUUGAAGCUGCAGGACACCUGUCGGACCCAGCUGGUGUGGUUGCUGCGGGAGCUGGUGAAGAGCGGGGUGCUCGGCGCGGAUGGCGUCUGCAUGACCUUCAUGAAGCAGAUUGCAGGUGGGGACGUGACAGCGAAGAAUAUCUGGCUGGCCGAGAACGUCCUGGAGAUACUGACCGAGCAAAGAGAGUGGGUACUGAAAAGCAGCCUCUUGAUAGCCAUGGCGGUGUACACCUACCUACGGCUCAUCGUGGACCAUCACGGCACGUCUCAGCUCCAGGCCCUUCGUCAAAAGGAGGUGGAUUUCUGCAUCUCCCUCCUCCGUGAACGGUUCAUGGACUGCUUCAUGAUCGGCCGGGACCUUGUGAGGCUGCUGCAAAACGUUGCGAGGAUACCCGAGUUCGAGCAGCUCUGGAGGGACAUCAUCCACAACCCGCAGGUCCUCAGCGCGCAGUUCACAGGUGUCCUGCAGCUCCUCCAGUCGAGGACUUCUCGCAAAUUCCUGGCGUGUCGCCUCACUCCCGACAUGGAAACCAAGCUGCUCUUCAUGACCUCGCGGGUCCGGUUCGGCCAGCAGAAGCGGUACCAGGACUGGUUUCAGCGACAGUACCUGUCCACCCCCGAUAGCCAGUCCCUGCGCUGUGACCUCAUACGUUACAUCUGUGGCGUGGUCCACCCCUCCAACGAGGUGCUCAGCUCCGACAUCCUCCCGCGCUGGGCCAUCAUCGGGUGGCUGCUCACCACCUGCACGUCCAACGUUGCUGCUUCAAAUGCCAAACUGGCCCUAUUCUAUGACUGGCUCUUCUUCAACCCCGAGAAGGACAGCAUCAUGAAUAUCGAGCCUGCCAUUCUGGUGAUGCAUCACUCCAUGAAGCCUCACCCUGCCAUCACCGCCACGCUGCUGGAUUUCAUGUGCCGGAUCAUUCCCAACUUCUACCCUCCACUGGAGGCUCACGUCCGGCAAGGCGUGUUCAACUCUCUCACCCACAUUGUGGAGAAGCGAGUCCUUGCACAUCUGGCCCCUCUCUUCGACAACCCCAAGCUGGACAAAGAGCUCCGCGCCAUGUUGAGGGAGAAAUUCCCGGAGUUCUGCAGUUCGCCCUCGCCCCCCAUCGAAGUCAAGAUUGAGGAACCCGUUUCCAUGGAGAUGGACAAUCAUAUGUCAGAAAAGGAUGACAGUUGCUAUGACAACGCCGAGGCCGCAUUCAGUGACGAUGAAGAAGAUUUGAACAGCAAAGGGAAGAAGAGGGAGUUCAGGUUUCAUCCCAUCAAAGAAACCAUUGUGGAGGAGCCCGUUGAUAUCACGCCAUUCCUGGACCAGCUGGAUGAGUCACUGAAGGAUAAAGUCCUGCAGCUGCAGAAAGGAAGCGAUACGGAAGCUCAGUGUGAGGUCAUGCAGGAAAUCGUGGAUCAAGUCCUGGAGGAGGACUUUGACUCGGAGCAGUUAUCAGUGCUCGCAUCCUGCCUCCAGGAGCUAUUUAAGGCUCAUUUCCGUGGUGAGGUUUUGCCAGAAGAAAUCACGGAGGAGUCUCUGGAGGAGUCGGUGGGGAAGCCUCUCUACCUAAUAUUUAGGAACCUCUGCCAGAUGCAGGAGGAUAAUAGCGGUUUCUCACUGCUGCUGGAUCUCCUGUCGGAGCUCUAUCAGAAGCAACCCAAGAUCGGCUACCACCUCCUGUACUAUUUAAAAGCCAGCAAAGCUGCGGCAGGGAAGAUGAACCUGUACGAGUCCUUCGCCCAGGCCACGCAGCUGGGGGACCUGCACACGUGCCUGAUGAUGGACAUGAAGGCCUGCCAGGAAGACGACGUACGGCUGCUCUGCUACCUCACCCCCUCCAUUUACACGGAGUUCCCAGAUGAGACCCUACGAAGUGGCGAGCUGCUGAACAUGAUUGUAGCCGUCAUAGACUCAUUCCAG